AUGUCAUCAUUCACAGACAAUAUGAAUUGGGGAUGUCUUGAUUAUACAAUGUCAAGGUUUGGCUUUGGUAAUGUUUCGAGGAAUUGGAUAAGAUGGUGUCUUUCUAAUGCAAGAUUUUCAAUGGCUAUAAAUGGCACUGCUUCAAACAUGUUCAUAAGUACCAAGGGACUAAAGCAAGGUGAUCCAAUGUAUCCUUUUUUAUUCAUUCUUAUUGUGGAGGUGUUAUCUGUUAUGAUAAAGAGAGCUGCUUCAUUAAAUUUAAUCUCUGGUUUCAAGCCAUCUUCUGAAGCUUUUGAGAUCAAUCAUCUCCAGUUUGCAAAUGAUUUGAUUGUUUUCCUAGAUGAUAACACUGAGCAGGUGAACAAUCUUAAAAACAUUUUAUUGGAUUUUGAAUUGGUUUCUGGAAUUUCUUUGGGAAGCAAAUCUAAAGCAGUGGGAGUCUGGGAUGUAAUUCUGCAAAAUUUUCAAAAGAAGUUGAGUAUGUGGCAAAAGAAGUAUCUUUCAAAAGGAGUCUAUUAUUUAUCUCUUUUUCAAAUUCCUGUAUCUGUUGAGAAGCAAAUGGAGAAGAUUAUGAGGCAGUUACUUUGGGGUUCUAUUAAUAACAAACGUAAGAAAGGAUGGGUAGGCUGGAAAAAGGUAAAUUUACCAAAGGAAGGUGGUGGUACUGGAAUUAAGAAGUUAAGACUAAUGAAUAAGUCUUUACAUGCUAAAUGGAUAUGGAGGUAUGGAAAUGAGGAAAAAGCACUCUGGAGAAAAAUUAUGAGGCUUAAAUUUGGUGGUCAUGAGAAAUCUUUUCUCCCAAAAAAAUCCUACAAACAAGUGAACAGUGGGGAUAAAGUACUUUUCUGGAAGGAUGUUUGGCUGAAUGAGCAGUUGUUUCAAGUCAUGUUCCCUAGUCUAUUCAGUUUGAGCAGAUUGCAAGAUGCUACUAUUCAUGAGGUGUUAGAUGUUAAUGCAGGGAAUAACUGGAAUUUUGAAUUUUGCAGGAACUUAAGGGAAGCUGAGAUAGAAGACAUAGCUCAUUUAAUGAAUUUGCUAUCUACUUUUCAUAGAGGUGAAGGUCAGGAUCAUAGAAUCUGGCAGAAUGGUACAAAAUAUUUCUCAGCGGCAGAGUGUUAUAAGUCUUUGGAGGAUGAUGGACUGCUAGUUUUCCCUUACAAGAGUGUCAGUGUGAGGGAUAUAUUAUGGGAGUGGAGAAUAAAGAAAGGGAGGAACUUGAGUUUGAAAACAAUGGCUUGGGACAUAAUUCCUUUUGCAAUAUGGUGGGCUGUUUGGCUUGAAAGAAACUCAAGAGCUUCCAAUGGCAGAUAUAAUUCAAUGGAAAUUUGA